CAACAUGCAGGACCCAGGAAAGCAGCUUACACAGUGACGGCCUGGUUAGAUAUUUCGAAAAACUAUUUGUUUCACUGGUAGUUAUUACAUUUUUAUGUAGUUAUUAAGAUAUUGUUUAUUAAUUAUGUAUUACUUUUAAAAAUAUAAUUCGACUGUAUUAUAAAAUGGCGCUGGAAAAAAAAGAGGCAAAUACGAGGUCUGCUUAGUGACACACGCUGUGACAGCACUUCCAGAAUAAAGCAAGGGUACAUGGAGAGACAGCCAUGACGCUAUGCUGUGGGCUUAGAUCAUUCUUCCAAUUUUUCAAAAUGCCAGUUUAUCUUCAGCAAACAAAACCUAGGACCUUCAGGCAUGUCUACUUCAGAAGCCUGGCAUCAACAUCAAGACUGUCAGAAUCAGUGGAACUUUUUGGGAAACUUUACCCUCAAGAUGACUACACCAACGUCACCCCCAAAAUACUCUCCAAAGUGGGGAAGAACUUGCACAACCAGAAAUACCACCCAUUGUGGCUGAUUAAGGAGCGGAUUAAAGACCAUUUCUAUAAGCAAUACAUAGGCCGCUUUGGGAACCCAUUGUUCUCAGUCUACGACAACAUGUGUCCUGUGGUAACCGUUGAGCAGAACUUCGAUAGCUUGUUGAUCCCAUCUGACCAUGCCAGCAGAAAGAAAGGAGACAACUAUUACUUAACUUGCAACCACAUGCUGAGGGCACACACCUCUGCCCACCAGCGAGAUUUGGUGUGCUCCGGCCUUGAUGCCUUCCUGGUUGCUGGUGAUGUCUACAGGCGGGACGAAAUCGACAGCAGCCACUACCCUGUCUUCCACCAGAUGGAGGGUGUGCGUCUGUUCUCAAUUCACGAGUGUCUUUCCCUGCAGCUGUUUGCGAACGUGACAAACGGAGAGGACCUGCUGCUCUUUGAGAAGAGUCCCCGCACUCCACAAAAGCAAGAAACUCACACCCUGGAGGCAGUGAAACUAGUGGAGUUUAAUCUGAAGCAGACUCUUAGCAAACUCAUGACUCACCUCUUUGGAGGAGGGCUUGAAAUCAGAUGGGUUGACUGCUAUUUCCCAUUCACACACCCUUCUUUUGAAAUGGAGAUCAAGUUUCAGGGAGAGUGGAUGGAGGUACUGGGCUGUGGGGUGAUGGAACAAAAGCUGGUGAAUUCAGGCGGUGCCCAUGAGAAGAUUGGCUGGGCUUUCGGCCUAGGCCUGGAGAGGCUGGCCAUGAUCUUAUACAACAUCCCAGACAUUCGGCUCUUCUGGAGUGAAGAUGAACGCUUUCUCAAACAGUUCCAUGUUUCUCACAUUGACCAGGAAGUUGCCUUUCAGCCGCUGAGCAAGUACCCUCCAUUAAUCAACGACAUCUCCUUCUGGCUGCCCUCACAGGGCUACUCUGAAAAUGACUUCUAUGAUUUGGUGCGGUCGAUUGGAGGAGACUUGGUGGAAAAGGUGUCUCUCGUUGACCAGUUUACCCACCCAAAGACAGAAAAGCUCAGCCACUGCUAUCGGAUCACAUACAGGCACAUGGAAAGGACUCUGACGCAGGAAGAGGUGCGAGUUCUUCAUAAGGCCCUUGAAACAACAGCAGAGCAAGAGCUGGGUGUGGUGGGGAGGUACUAGCUGAGCUUCUACCAGUGGCAUCAGGCAAGGUACCCCACCAGGGCUCUCAAACAUCUGGAAUCACAGGGAAUCACCUGUCUCUUACCUGGGGAUAGGACUUUCACACCACACCCCUUUCUACAUUUUCCUUUUCAGUUCAGUCUUUUAUAUGUGUAUGGUAACUAAAAUCCUUCAGGUGUUCUACAUGAUCCAAUUCGGGGCGCUACACCUUAUGUAGAAAUAGUGCUAACAAAUUAAUUCUAGUAAAUGUUAUCAAAUAUUUACCACUGUUCUUUCAUAGGUCUAUUGUUCUAUAUGAAAUAUGCACACAGUGUAUGAUAUAUGUGAUUUUUAAAAAUUAUUUCAAUUAGUGAACACAAAUAUUUGUGUUUGAUGUGAUUUGUUGAAGAAGGAAAUUAAAGUGCAGCAGUAAAAACUUUGUGAAAUAAGCUUAUAACGUAUGUUCACUUUUGCAGCUAAUAAAUACCAUAAAAAAAUCAAAUACACAUUUACCAAAAUAUUCGCAUCUUUCACAUAUCAAGCCUAUGAAUGGGCAGUAAUAAGUAUGUGGUAGUAUUUAUUAGAAUUACUUUAAUAUAAGAAACUAUGCAAUAAAAGGCUCCUUGGCCUCAUAUAUUAUGUCAGCUAUGUGGAUGUGGGCGUGUGUGUACAGCAGCAAAUAACCUCCUUUUUUUUUUUACCAAACAACCAUGUUGACUGUUUGUGUACAACUAACAAAAAGAAUGGACAAAACAGUUAUUUCUGAUAAAUUUCUGUACAGCAAUUGGUCCCUUAGUGGUUGUACCCUGUAAAUACGUGUUUUGUUUUUUUGUUUAAUAUGACUCUUGAAAACUGCAUGUUUAAAAAUAUUUUCAACAAAUGUAUUCAAAUAUGGCUCGGCAAUUGUUGAAUAAACUAAAUGCCAAAUCUUAA